AUGAAAUCUUAUGUAAUCGUCGGACCCUAUUCUCAUGAGAUUUUGGUGCUCGCAAGUUUCUCUUCAAUGUCUUUGCUACAGACCUCAAUGGGGCCACGGGCCGUCCGCCGUCCCGUCUUGUCGAUGGUAGGGCUUCUCCGUAGAAGAUACAGUGACGAUACAACUCAUUUUGGUUUCAAGACUGUGAACAAAGAGGAAAAGGAAAAAAUGGUGAAGGGUGUGUUCUCAUCCGUGGCCUCCAAGUAUGAUGUGAUGAAUGAUGCCAUGUCGUUUGGCAUACAUAGAUUAUGGAAGAACCACUUUAUCAACAGAAUUGAUGCGGGUAUGCGUCCCGGAGCUAGCAGACCACUUGAUUUUCUCGAUGUGGCUGGUGGAACCGGUGAUAUCGCUUUCGGUUUAUUGGAUCAUGCCAAAAACGCUCAUCAUGAUACUCAGUCUACGAUGACUAUUGCAGAUAUCAAUCCAGAUAUGCUUGCUGAGGGACAAUUACGGUACCAAAAGUCAAAAUGGAACGAUGGAAGUGACAGAGUGAAAUUCCUCGUUCAAAAUGGUGAGACUAUGGAAGAAAUCCCUGAUAAUUCCAAAGACGUAUACACGAUAGCAUUUGGAAUCAGAAACUUCACCAACAUUCAAGCAGGGCUUAACACCGCUUACCGUGUAUUGAGACCUGGUGGAAUAUUUGCUUGCUUGGAGUUUUCUCAUGUUGACAACCCACUCUUGUCUCAAGUGUACCAAGCCUACUCCUUCUCCAUGAUUCCGAUGAUGGGUCAACUUAUCGCCGACGAUAGAGACUCAUACCAGUAUUUGGUGGAGAGCAUUAGGAGAUUUCCAAAGCAAGAAGAGUUCAAGGGCAUGAUCGAGUCUGCUGGUUUCUAUGUUCCUGAACUGGGUUACGAAAACUUGACAUUUGGUGUGGCCGCUAUUCACAUCGGUGUCAAGCUCUAA